GACGUCAAACGAUCCUUCAAAAAUAUUUUUGCCUUCAUUAACCCUUGUCAAUCAAAUACAUGCAUUAGAAAAUACAGGAAAUGGGAUAAACAUUUUGAUGGAUUCCAUUUUUUUUAUUGCUAAUAAAGAAGGGGAUAUGAAGCUUUUAAAAGAUAUAUAAAUGGGAACAAAGGGGAAUAUAAAAAAUAUAUAGAUAUAUAAUCCGACGCAUUGAUCGUAUGUGAAACAAAAGCCACCAAAUGGAGAAUAAUUGAUCUGGAUUAUAUGUAAAUUUUGCUUAUCUGCAUUGCCUCUCGUUAGAAUUAACACCUCCAUGUGCUAGCUAGCUAUCAACAUUUUUCCUACCUGAGAGAAAUGUACAUAAAUAAAUGUCCAAACAUUUAUGCCGUUACAUAACCCUCGGUAAUGGCCAACAGUGUCAGUGAAUACAUUGAGAGCUUCAUUGAUAAACGGCCCCACUGUCGCUAUCUGACCAGUAAUCAGACUUCUGUAUGGAGUGUGUGGGACCGCAGGCAUUAGAGAGCACCUGUCGUAUAGUACUCCACUCACACUUUGCCGAGGGCUGAUGGAGGACUCGGGGACUGUGAAAAAAAAGUCCGCCCCAGAGGAACUGAUCAUCAUCGUUUAUGAUGGUAAGAACAAUGGAGAGAGUGAGAUGUGCGAGACCACCACUGUCAUCAUUGACACCAGCAACAUCAAGGUAGAAGAUGGCGGACUCAUCCACCUGGAAGAGUGUCCAGAAGAUGAUGAAAGCCCUGUUCAGAUUUCCCAGGAAGCGGUUAGCAUGUCUACGAAGCAGGACUGUGCGGGAUGUAAGAAGGCCAUCUCGGACCGGUUCCUCCUGAAGGCCCUGGAACAGUACUGGCACGAGGACUGCCUCAAGUGUUCCUGCUGUGACUGCCGCCUCGGUGAGGUGGGCUCCACCCUCUUCACUAAGGCUAACCUCCUCCUUUGUAGGAGGGACUAUCUCAGAUUGUUUGGAACAACUGGUUACUGUUCAGCUUGCUCCAAAAUGAUUCCUGCAUUUGAAAUGGUCAUGAGAGCCAAGAGCAAUGUCUACCACUUGGAGUGUUUCGCCUGCCAACAGUGUAAUCAUAGAUUCUGUGUGGGAGACAAAUUUUAUUUAUGUGACAAUAAAAUUCUGUGUGAAUAUGACUAUGAGGAGAGAAUGGUUUUUGCCAACAUGACAUGCAGCUAUAACGCGCUGUCCCAGAUCAAGAAGCAGACGCAGAGCCUCAGUGACGAUCUCUCCAGUGGUUAUGGAAGUCCCAGCCCUAAUUCAUUAUAGGGUUGGGGAAUUUUGACCCCCACCCCCCACCCCCACCCCACCCUUUAACCCCCAUCUACCUUUGUACAGGAUUUGACACUUCAUACACUGGACACUCGGUGGCACUGAUCUGCAUGGUUUCAUUUUACUGCAAUUUAUGCUCUCUUCAUCAUGUCCACAUGGCUACAAAUGAUCUGACAUAUCAGUGGCAGAGGUCAAGAAGGAUAACUCUGUCAAAUUAUACUGUCAGUGCUACAACUCAGGAGAUAAAUUCCGAAGUUUACUAGUCAACCAUAGAGAGCCCCUAGUCAUCACAUCUGUCCAUUUGCAGUGUGUACUUGGAUUUUCAAAGAGUGUUAAAACAAGUGUCAUUUUCCUGUUUUGUUGUUGAUGUGUACAUAUAAGACAUUAUAAUUAGUUAGUCCCUUAUUAAUACCAAGUAAUAAAAUGCUAGUUUUAUUAGCAGUGCUUUGUACUAGUUUUCUGACCUAAAUUCAGAUUUUAUUAUGUGAAUAAUUUUUUUCCAUAUAGUGGCCUAUCACUUUAAGAAACAUUGUUUUCCUUAUCUCUCUCUCUACUUUUUUAUGUGUGGAAUAGUUAUUCAAAGUUUGUGAAGAAUUGAUUUUGUUUUUAUAUUUAAUAUUAAAAUUUCUCUACUUUAUCAAGAAGAUUUUAAUAUGUUACUAAAUUCAUGCAAUGCUAAUGUUUUUUAGGCGCAUUUUUUGUUGUUGUUUUUUUUUUUAUAAGAUGUACAUUAGUUGAAUAUUUUCAAAUGUUUUUCACAAUUAAUAAAUUAUUACAGUAUAUUUGCCAUAUUUGUUACUGUAUAGAAUUGAUGCAUGUUUAGAGUACAUAUACACUGUUCAUGUAUUAAAAAGUUUUUUUUGUUUAAGAUCUUUUUUCUUGUAAAUAUGAUUACCGGUAAUAGUUAAUUAACAUAGGUAUUUAUUUUUUGUCAGAUAAGUGCUAUGAUGAAUGUAAUUUUUAAACAUUACAUUUGAUUAUAAACAUUGUAACUGGGAGUCUUUAGUGCAUUUUUUUUUUUUCAAAAGAACUUACGACUUAGUCAUAAAUCUUAUUAGUCUCAUUAAAUGAAUCUCAACAAACCAAAUUAUUACACAACUUUUUGUAUCAAGCAAUUUCAGUUCUUGUAUAGGUACUGUAUACAGGAAACCCUUUUUAAGUGUUAAAGGGCGAAAAUUACACGGGCAAAACAAAACCCAGUAUACAGUAUGUUUCCUGGCAUUAAUUUUAAAUUUUUUUUGAAACUUAUGAAUAAAGAGCAUUUUAACAUUUGGUCAUAAGCCUCAAGUUCAUUUAUAAAAUGCACCCCUGGAUGUUUUAGCCAAUUAGUGCUCAGAUGUACCGGUAAUAUUUAUAAGAGGGAAUAAGCUAAGAUUAAUUAUACACAGUACAUUCCAAUUAAUUUCUUCCGGUUGAAUUUCAUUAAAUUAUUUCAAAUGUUAAUUCUUUGAAUCACAUCUAUUCACUGAGAUCAUGCCAUAAAAGUGUUAGAUUUUCUUUCAGUUGACUAAUACCAAAUUUUUUAAAUAUAUAAGUUAAAUUUUGUAACUACUGUAUUAUUAUUUUAAUUUUGAUCAUUAAACAAUGUUCACUUUUGUUAUGGUCAUGGCUUGCUCGAAUUUUUAAUUGAAACUCUAGCAUCUUUGACAUGAUUUUUAAAGCAUUGUGUAUUUUAGAUAUGUAUUAGCUUAUAUUUUAUGAUCCUAUGGAAGCUAGUCAAAAAUUCAUUUUUAAAAGGAGAGGAAUAGAGUUUGAUUUAGCUUCUUCCAAACCCUAUUCCAAUAUAUUUUUGGGUUGAAUGGUUUAUUUAUUUUUUAAGUUAUAUUAGAUAGUCAUGCCCAUUCUUGUCAUGCAAUGUUGUUUUUAAUAUUGCCAUUAAUAAAUAAAGAAUCUAGUCCAACAUGCCAUAUAUAUGUGAAAUUCCUUAGGCAUGGCUAAAGCUAUAGAAAUUGAGAUUUUUUAAAAUACCAGAUAGAACAUUUUUCAAAAAGAUGUACAAUGUAUAUAUAAUACCCUUUUUUCUUUACUGGAUUAAUAAACAUAAAUUAUUUUGCAGUAUUUGAAUUCCUUUUCGAGUUUUUAGAAUAUGGUGGGUUUUUUUUAAAUUGAUGAACUAUAUUUUAAAGCCAUUUGUUGUUAAUUAUUACAUGUACAUGUAACGGUAUUGGUGUGUAGCAUGUUUAUUGAAGAAUAUCUUUCUGUGUUUUCUAAAAUUUUCUAGAUUCCUGUCUGUAUUAUGAUCAUUGUCAAUUUCUGUGUGGAGUAAAUAUUCUAAUAAUGAAAAUAACAAAUCCUGAUGCCGAUAGAAAUGGAUUCAACUAAAAUUCUACAAAAUCACCACUUUAAAUCGUUGCCAUACAGUGAUAUGUGCAACUUCAUGUAUAAUGUAGAUAUUUUGAAUUUUGAAAAAUAACUUCUAAAGGCAGACAUGUUAAAUGGCAGGUAGUGAUUAUGGUGUUUCAGUUAUUGUGAAUUGACCUCUAAACAUGUACCUUCAAUGUACAAUAAAUUAUGUAAUAUGUACUAGUAUAUGAUUUAAGACAUUGCCAUAACUAAGUGCAUGUUUACUGUACAGAAUUUCUCCAAUAGUUUGUUGGUGUAUAUUUUUUUUUCCCUAAAGAUUAUAAAAUCAAGAUUUUUUUUUAUUUUUGCUUCACAGAGUUUAUUUAGAAAGAUGAAACAUAAAAAUAAACAAAAUGUGAAAAUACC